AUGCCGCGCCUUCAGGUCCGCUCUUUCUGCAGCUCCUUCUCCUCACGCGCCUACGACCUGCUGAACGAACUCCAAGGCCAUCUGGACUCCAGGACGCUCAGACCAGAGCUCGCGCGCCAACUGUUCGACGAAAUGCUGCGCCAACCAGUCCCAGUAUCGGCGCGUGCACUCAACGGCUUAUUUGCUGCACUCGCGCGUGCGCCGCCUUCAACCGCCUGCACUGAUGGCCCUGCGCUCGCCGUCGAUCUCUUCAACCAUAUGGCCCGAGCAGGCCGCCGCCGGAUGACAGGACCCACCGUUCACACUUACAACAUACUAAUUGACUGCUGCCACCGAGCAUGCCGCCCAGACCUAGGGCCUGCCUUCUUUGGCUGCCUCCUCAAGACAGGCAUCACAAUGAGCGCCAUUACCUACAGCAGCCUAUUCAAGUUCCUCUGUGACAUGAGGCGCACAAAGGAGGCUCUGAACGUGCUGCUCCAUAGGAUGCCCGAUGACCUGCCUAAUGUCAUCUCCUACUCAGUGAUUCUCAAGAGUUUCUGCGACAGUGGGAGGAGCCAGCUUGCGCUUGACCUGCUCCGGGUGAUGGCCAAAAAAGGUGGUGACCACUCUCCCGACGUGAUGGCAUACAACAUGGUAAUGGAUGGCUUGUUUAAGGAGGACCUAGGGCCUGCCUUCUUCGGAUGCCUUCUCAAGACAGGCAUCACGACGGACGUCAUUACCUACAGCAGUUUAUUGCAGUGCUUCUGUGACAUGAAGCGGACAGAGGAAGCUCUGGACCUGCUGCUCCAUAGGGUGAGUGAUAACCUGCCUGAUGCCAUCUCCUACUCAGUUAUUCUCAAGAGCUUCUGCGACAACGGAAGGAGCCAGUGUGCGCUUGACCUGCUCCAGAUGAUGGCCAAAAAAGGUGCUGACCAUUCCCCCAACGUGGUCUCAUACAACUUGGUAAUCAAUGGUUUCUUUAAGGAGGGUGAAAUAAGCAAAGCAUGUGAUCUGUUCCAUGAAAUGAUACAACAAGGCUUGAUCCAAGGAUUUUUAACUACGGGUCAGCUGAAAGAAGCCUUUAGGUUGUUGAAAGUGAUGAGAAGCCAAGGUGUUAUGCCAAGCGUUGUUACUUGCACCUCAGUCAUGGACUACCUUUGCAAGCAUGGAAGAAUCAAAGAAGCUGAGGAAACAUUUUAUUCCAUGGCCGUGAGUGGCCGAAAACCAGAUACAGUCUCAUACUCUAUUAUGCUCCUUGGGUACGCUAUAGAAGGAUCCCUUGUUAAAAUGAUUGAUCUCUGUGAGAUGAUGGCAAGAGAUGGAGUUGUACCCGACCUCCGUUGUUUCAACAUACUGAUUAAGGCAUAUGCUAAGUAUGGCAGGAUGGAUGUGGCCAUGCUUUUCUUUGAAGACAUGUUGAAGCAGGGUGUGAAGCCUAAUGGAUUCACUUAUUUAAUUGUGAUAUCUGCAUUUUGCAAGAUGGGCAGGAUGGAUGAUGCGAUGGAAAAAUUCAAUGAGAUGAUUGAUAUGGGAGUACCACUUGACACAGAAGUUUACAUGUGCAUGGUUGAGGGUUAUUUUAAUCAUGGUGAUUCCAUGAAAGCCGAGGAAUUUAUUACUAAAAUGAAGAACAGGGAUAUUCAUCAUAAGCCAUGGAAAGUUGGAUAUAGUGCCUACUUCGAAUUUCCUCAAGGCACUGGAGUAUUCAGGGUGGAUAGCGACCUGGCUGAUUAG